GUUACAUUAAUACAUUUUUCCAAUUACUCUCAUUACUGCAACUACUGAAAAUGGCUGAAAAAUCAGAAAAGUCUGAAAAAAAUGAUUACGAUCCAUACGAGCACCGCGAAGUAACACAUCCGAUUAGCGAUUUCGGCGCUUUUGUGAAUAUCAUCAAAGCGAUACUGGGCACCGGAAUACUAGCAGCGCCCAUGGCCAACAGAAAUGCCGGCUAUUUGCCUGCCAUCAUAUGUACGAACAUAAUAGGCAUCUUCGUAAUACACUCGAAACUGAUUCUGUUAUCUGGCAUGUAUGAGCUGGCCAAGCGCAAGCAAGUGCCGCUGCUAACCUAYGGCCAAGCGAUGCUGAUCGGCGUGAUGGAGGGCCCACCGGCGCUGCGUUGGUUGCAAUAUUUGAUCAGCGGUAUUGUAAAUGUAAUGCUAUUCGCCAAUCACUUUGGCACUUGUUGUGUCUACGUGGUGUUCAUCGCAAAUUGCUUGAAGGAUUUCGGUGAUUACUAUUGGGAGGAGCAUGACAAUCGCAUUUAUAUGGCAAUGGAAAUUGUGCCGUUAUGUUUGAUAUUCCUCAUACCCAACUUGAAAGCGCUGACACCGUUUGUGCUUAUCGCGACUAUAUCUUUAAUAUUUGGGUUCGGCAUUUUAUUCUAUUAUAUCUUCACGGAUAUGAGCCCGUUCUCUGAGAUGACUAUGGUGCAGGACAUUUACUACUUUCCAUUUUUCUUUGGCGCCACCAUGUUCGCUUUGGAUUCGCCCGGCUUGAUCGUUUCCGUGGAGGCGAAUAUGAAAAAUCCCUUACAUUUUCGACGCUUCUGUGGCGUUUUUGUGCUAGCCAUGCUGCUCGUUAUUGUUUUCCAAAUCAUUUUCGGCUUCUUCGGCUACUGGAGUUAUGCCGAAGAUGUUGCCUCGACUAUUCUGCAAAAUAUACCCUUUCAUACGGUACCCGCCUCAGCGGCGCGUGUAAUUUUUGCAUUUUCCAUCUUCAUCUCGCAUCCGUUGCAGGGUUACGUGCCCUUCGAUGUGGUGUGGAACAAUUGGUUGAAAGCGAAGGUGGCUGAGGAGCAUCAAUUUGUGCUGGCGAUGCUUUUMCGCAUUUUCAUCGCCAUUUCUUCGGUGCUCGUCGCCGUCUCSUGCCCCUCACUGACAGUCAUACUCUCGCUUGUUGGCGCUUUGUGCAUGUCAUUUCUGGGCUUAAUAUUGCCGGCUAUUCUGGAUAUUUGUGUGAAAUACGAAACCGGCUAUGGUCCCAUAAAAAUUUAUCUGCUGACGAGUUUGCUGGUGGGRUUUUUGGGCUUGAUCGGCGCUAUAAUUGGUACAUAUGUGUCCAUACAGGAGUGGAUCUUUACGUAUACCCGCGUAGAUCACAUGAUGAAGGCAAUAUAUUAUGGAUUUUUUAAUGAAAAAUAUACUGAGUUGAUUUAAAAGGUGAAA